AUGGCAGACUCAGAUGCUACUGUUCCGCCGUCCAAUUUUUAUGGCCGCCCACCAAAAACGCCCAAGCCUGGCAAAACGCCCGCCCCAGGAACCCCACACCACGACCGCCUAUCAUCAACAACACCGUUUACCUCCACUGCUCUCGAAAAUGAUCCUGUUUUCGUGCAAGCGGCUGUAGAAAUGAAAGGAAAAUUUGUGGGACCCGUCUCACCUGAAGUCUUUCUUGAUCGUUAUCUCCCGACAUCAGCGGCCACCCCUGCCAUGCCACAAGUCGACUAUGCAGCCUUCCAGCGCGUUGCAAGUCAGUCCAAAGAGCUGGAGAUGUAUGAACCUUUGAUUACGGCUCUUCUUCCUUUCUGUCAAGGCAUCGAACUUCUCAACACAUCUGGGGUCGAAGAUCCCGACUCUGGUGUCUUUUCAGGGAGGCGCAUCAAGCCAGACAUCUCCUGUUACAAGAACGAAUGCGUGCCUGUAGCCGAUUCUUGCAUUACCCAAGCUCACCUCAUGUCUACCUGCAUCGAAGUGAAGAACAAUUACGAAGACGAACCUUUUACCCUGAAGAAAAACGAAGAAUUCGAAGUAGACACCUCAAGUGCCCGGGACACUCGCGGCCAGCUCACCGUUUAUGCCAACGCGAUACAGGCCUUGCAGUCCCGGACGCAUACACUCACAAUUUUCAUCAACAAAUCGCGCUGUCGACUCAUGCACUGGUCUAAAAGCUGCACGGUGGUCACUGAUGCAUUCGAUUAUACGAAGGAAAACUGGCUAGCAACGUUCUUCUGGCGGUUUUCGCACGCAGAUGACACAACCCGUGGCGUAGAUCCAACUUUCUCUCCCUAUCACCAUGGAGGACCUUGA